AAGACUGCCACCAGCAUCAGAUUUCUCGCUGUGAGAGAGAGGGGGGAUAGCGCUCGCUUUAUUGAGAGAGACGAAGAGAGAGAGAGAGAGAGAGAAACAACUCUGGACGACUGAAGACUUGCUGCUGCCACAAACACAUAACGACAGAAACACCUAAAGAAAAACAGCUAAAUACAUCUGUAAAAGUUACAGAUCGAGCCAUGGACGGGAUGGUUACAUUUGGACGCGCUUCUCUCCUGUGCACCUUGCUGCUUUGCUUUUCAUUGCAAGUGUGCUGGGCCAUCGUGACAGUGACAGUGACUCCCAAGGUGGGGGUGAUCAAGGGAGAGUCAGCCAGUCUGCCCUGCACCUUCAAAAUCCCUCCCUCCCCGAACAACAUCGUGGAGUGGUUCAUUGAGGAGAGUGGCACCAGGAAGCGUGUUGCGUUCCGCUCCGUGUCGGGCGGCGAGGGGAAGAGUGAUGAGGGGACACGUCUGUCCGACAGAGUGACCAUGGGAAGGGACUUCUCUCUGACCAUCUCCCCCGUGACGGUGGAGGACCAGCUGCCCUUCUACUGCCAGGUCACUGCUGGCCCUGCCGGGGUUGGAGAGGCCAUCACACAGCUCAAAGUCUUCUUCGCUCCAGAGAUGCCAGAGGUCACUGGAUCCAACCAGGCCAUAUCUGUUGGUGACUCCUCCACACAGGUGGGCCAGUGUGUGAGCCAUAACGGUCACCCCCAGCCCAGGAUCAUCUGGUUCCAGGACUCCAAGCCUCUGCCUGAGGUCAAGGACAACAAAGAGAAGGUGUACAUGGUGCCGUCAGUGGUAAAGGAAGCAUCAGGUCUGUUCACCAUCACCAGCACCCUGAUGAUGCAGCCCCAGAAGGCUGACAAGGACAGCGUGUACCACUGCACCGUGGAGUACAGCAUGCCCAACGACAUGAUCAAACAGAUCGACUCUGACACCUUCUCCCUCACCCUCAACUAUCCCUCUGAGACAGCGACCUUUGUCCUGUCGAACACUGAGCCAAUCAGAGAGGGUGACGAGGUGAAGAUGAUGUGUGAGACAGAUGGAAACCCUCAGCCUGAGUUUGAUUUCUCCAAGGAUGGGAUAAACAUUAAGGAAGGAGUUGCAGGCGGACUUUUGACUCUGAAGUCCGUCAAGCGUUCGGAUGCUGGGGUGUACAGGUGUAUGGCCACCGACUUUGAUAACCUGGAUGCUGAUCUUAAUGGAGAAGUCACCCUCUCUGUCCACUACAUUGACCCAAUGAGUGUGAGGCCUGCUGGUCCAUUGUCGACAAUGACGGGAGACAUGGUGGAGCUGCAGUGUAAGACCAAGGCCUCAGACUCACAUACCGUCCAGUGGAAGAAGGGCUCCACGGUGCUGUCCCAGACUGGUGUCUUGUCUCUGAAGUCGGUGACAUUCGCUGAAGCUGGCGAGUACUCCUGUGUGGGUGCAGUGCCCUCUGUGCUUGGGCUCACCGCCAAGGCCAGCGUCAAUCUCACCGUCUCAGGUAAACCUGAGAUUGACGCAGCUGUUGAUGGAAUGGUGGAGAAGGAGGGAGACAUGGUGACUCUGUCCUGCUCUGCUCACGGACACCCUGCCCCACAGUUCACCUGGACUCCCUCAGGAAAGGAAUCGGUGUCGGUGAAGGGUAACAAGGUGGUCAGUAUGGUCAUGCUGGAGGCCAGUGCUGCGGUCCUGAUGGACGGGGUCACCUGCGAGGCCAGUAACGACCACGGUGCAGCCUCCCAGGCAUUCAAAGUCACCACCAAACAAGCCGUCGAUCCCAACGCAGCCAAUGAUACAGGCAGAGCUGAUAAGCAGCAGGGUGGCUCCAGUGGCGUGGUGAUAACCGUGGUGGUGUGUGUCCUAAUGCUGCUGCUUCUGGUGGCACUCCUCUACUUCCUCAACAAGAAGGGCAAGCUGCCCUGCAGCAAGAAGGACAAUAAGGAAGUGGAAAGUGGGAAUGUGAAUAAUGACAUUGUGGUGGAGAUGAAGACAGAAAAGGCCAAUGAAGAAGCUGGCCUCCUGAACAAGCCAGCAGCACAGCAGUGAGGAACAGAGGAGAAUAUGACACAAGAAGACAGAAAGAGAGGGAUGAAGGGAUGGAUGAAAAACGACAGCAGGGCUUGUUUUACUUUUUA